AUGGAUUCAAACACAUCAAGCUUUCUUUUGAACUCUUCAACUUUGCACUCAGUUUUCUACCAAGACAAACAAGAUGAUGGCAUAAUUGAUCUGGGUCUUAGUCUCGGAACUGUUCAACAUGAAGCUUACCAUUCUUCUUCUACUAACUUGUACGAUGAUGACCUUAUGGGUUGGCCUCACUCUAAUGUGAACCUCAAGAAUUCAAGCACAAUGCAUGGUAGACCUGCCCACGAAAAAUGUGAUGAAGAGAUAGAAGGGGUCCAGAGCAAAGAGAGAUGGGCUUAUGUGAAGGUUAACAUGGAUGGGGUUACCAUCGGUAGGAAAAUCUGUGUACUUGAUCACGGUGGAUACUCAAGCCUAGCACUCCAAUUGGAAGACAUGUUUGGAAACCAAUCUGUUUCCGGAUUACGAUUGUUCCAAUCGGGAUCAGAGUACUCAUUGUUCUACAAGGACAGACAAGAUAAUUGGAGACCUGUGGGUGAUGUACCAUGGAAGGAAUUCAUAGAAUGUGUGAAGAGGUUGAGGAUUGCAAGAAAGAAUGCAGGCAUAGUUUCUUGUUCAUCUAGAUACACCUAA